ACUCUCGAUCGAAUAGCGAACAAGAAUAGUGAAUGCGUCAGUCGACGUACCUGUAGGGGAUAGUACGGUUUAAGCAUCGAAGAACGAAACAACCUUCUAAAUUAUGCUGGAGAUACUGUCGAGAGCGUGAAAUUUCUUGCAAGCAAUUUCCGUUCCGUUCAUCAGCGAUCAUCAUCGUAGAGUCAAAUGUAGAUCUUCAAGAACACGCAGGAAAAAUAGACGGAAUACAUAGAGUUUUACAAGAGAAUAUUUCCUCGUAGAUGUCCAAGUUGAUUUGCACAAGACAUUUUAAAAAGGAACCACCUUUGAUCUAGCCGAGAUGGAAUUUUACAGAAUAUUAUCCAUACCGAUCGACGAGGUAGAUCACAUAGAUUAUCGAUUCGAGAACAGAAGAUUAAUGAGCUUCACUAACUGCGUAUCGACCGUAAAUAGCCGGCACUAUUUACAAUAUUAUAAUUUCGCAAGCGCCGGUUUCUAUUACAUCCAAAAUGAUGAUAAAAUAAAAUGCUUCGAUUGCAACAUCAUCAUAUCCGACUGGAAGGAUAUAGAUCCGAUGGCGAAGCAUCAACAACAGUUCCCAAGAUGUAGAGUCGUCCGCAGGAUACCUUGCGGGAAUGUACCGAUCGGUGCCAAUCCGAGUAUGAUUCCGCUACGCGUGCCAAAAGUGACAGAAAUAUGCUCCUCAGACCGGUUAAGGCUAAAUCCCAAUCAAAUGAUCGAGGUCUACUUUGAUGAUAAAGAGGUCGUUAAGGAAGUUAAGAUCGGCGAUGUAUGGCGCGCGAAGUAUCCACAUUUUGCUUAUUACGAGCGUCGAUUAGAGAGUUACGUGUCGUGGCCGGUGACGAUCCCCCAGAAAAAGGAAGAUCUAGCGGCCGCCGGCUUGAUAUGUGCAAAUGACGGCGAUAUAGUCACAUGCUUCUAUUGCGGCCAAGCUUUGCAAAAGUGGGAAGCGACAGAUGAUCCCAAAAAUGAGCACAUCAAGUGGUAUCCUGAUUGCGCGUUCAUCAACAGGCUGCUAGCGGAAAAUCAAUCAUAGAAGAGCUCCAACGUAUCGCGAUAGAAUUUACACAUGUUAUGACACAUAUCUAUAUUUUGCGAUUAUUUAUAAUAUGACGUGAAUAAUAUCUGCGAGAUAUCUGCGAAUAAUAUUACAGUCACAUAUCAGAGAUUAUAAACACAUGCUUUUUAUUCAUUUGAACAUGUGUGACAUACAUAUGUGUCUUUUAAUUAUGAGAUGACAUAAUGAUCUAGUUUCGUAAAUUGGUGAUUUAAUGACAUGAAUAAUUAAUCUGCAAAUAUAUACAUAUGACAUAAAGAUAGAAAUAUUGUAAAAUUCAAAUCGCGAACGAAAACAUUUAUUACAUCCUUACAUCUGAUUAUAGUACAUACACGAUAAUACGGUCCCUUCAUUGCAUUGCUUGUAAGGAUUUUCAUAAAAAUACGACGAUUGCUAUCUCCGGAUCACGUCUGAUUAUUCUAUAAAUAAAGGACUGCGAAAAGAGGUUUCUCUCAUUUGGAAACGCGCAUAUACGACACGCAUAUAUUAGCAAACUAUUAGUAGUAUUAUUUUAAUUGCUACUGUGUCCCGUAGCCAUAGUAUUGUCAAAAUGAUCUUUUAAUAUAAUAAAUAUUUAUUAUAAAAUAUGACAUGAAUUAGACAGAACCCAUGUGAUAAAUAUUU